AUGACAGAUCUAAACCCAGCAAUAGACCUGAAAUCAGACUCAGGAGUCUCACCAAAGCAGAAGCUACAAUGGAAAAUACAAGUGCUUCUUCAUAUCAACUCGAUGUUGAUCAAAAAAUCCCAAGAAACAAGAACCAUGUACGAAAGCAGACAGGUACCGACACUCGCGUCGCUGUCCAAAGAACAAAUGGAACAAAUACUAAUCCAAUAUACGAAAAGAAUACACUGUAACUUACAUACAAUAUCUCAGAUAAAUCAAGGAAAUCUAGCAGCAAAACCUCCUAUCAUGGACCCUCCUCCAAACCCAUUUCUUUCAAACACUGCUUCAGCUCAGGAAAGACAACAGGAUAUGCUGGUCAAGAUGUAUCUAUUAAUGAAUAGAAUGUUCCAAUUAUGGUAG